AGCCAACAGAUGAAGUUGGGAGUUUGAGUUAUUGGUAGACAAUGCGUAUAUUUUGUAUUGCCCUUUUGGGCGCCUGCGUGGCACUCGCAUACGGUGCGCAUAUCCCAACGGAGACGGCAGUAAGCGCCGAAGCAGUGAAGCCACAGUCUGCAGCAGCUAACGUUCCGUGUUGUGAAAGUGUUCGACAAACUCUAUUGGAGAUUCGGAAAGAUAUUCGGUUAUGGCUCUUGGAUAGGUUAUUCGGUAGAUUGAUUGUGGAAAACGAUAAACGUGCAAACUGCUCAAAUAAUCAGAUAACUUCGACAGGCGAAGAGUCUGUACAACAGAAUACAAUUCAAUUUGACUCGAUCAUUAACGAUAUAAGAAGCACUAUUCCGCAUAAUCAUAGAACUGCGGAGCGGAGUGAUGUGAAGUCGACCACCUCAGGCGAUUCCAUCGCAAAGGUGGUUUCCGAAGUCACUAAUACCGGAAACACCCAGUCUAGAUCAUCUACGACUACGACCAACUCUAAGCAAACGAGCUCUUUAGUUGAAUCCGCCGUGAAAGUGAUUUCCGCAGAGACGAACACCGCAAUCAUCAAAUCAGGACCUAUUUCAACUACAACAACAACCACCUCUAAGAAAACACGCUCAAUAGUCGAUCCUGUCAUGAAAGUGACUUCCAAAAAGCAGUCUGGAUCCUCCGAGACAACUACCACAACUAAUAACACUAAGAAAACUAACUCAUCAGUUGAACCUGCAGUGAAAGUCGAUUCCGGAAACAGCGAAUCUAAAUCCUUUGAGACGGAGACUACGACGACCACUACUAAGUCUGGCUCUUCAGCAAAGCCUGCCGUAAAAGUUGAUUCCGGAAACAGCCAAUCUGAGUCCUCUGAGACGAAGACUACGACGACCACUGUCACUAAGAAAACUGGCCCAUCAGUUGAACCUGCCGUGAAAGUCGUUUCCGGAAACAGCCAAUCUGGGUCCUCUGAGACGAAGACUACGACGACCACUACUAAGUCUGGCUCUUCAGCGAAGCCUGCCGUGAAAGAGACUUCUGGAAACAGCCAAUCUGGGUCCUCUGAGACGAAGACUACGACGACCACUACUAAGUCUGGCUCUUCAGCGAAGCCUGCCGUGAAAGAGACUUCUGGAAACAGCCAAUCUGGGUCCUCUGAGACGAAGACUACGACGACCACUACUAAGUCUGGCUCAUCAGUUGAACCUGCCGUAAAAGUCGUUUCCGGAAACAGCCAAUCUGGAUCCUCUGAGACGAAGACUACGACGACCACUGUCACUAAGAAAACUAGCCCAUCAGUUGAGCCUGCCGUGAAAGUUGUUUCCGGAAACAGCCAAUCUGGGUCCUCUGAGACGAAGACUACGACGACCACUACUAAGUCUGGCUCAUCAGUUGAACCUGCCGUAAAAGUCGUUUCCGGAAACAACCAGACUGGAUCCUCGUCAACGACUACCACAACCACUGUCACUAAGAAAACUGGCCCAUCAGUUGAACCUGCCGUGAAAGUCGUUUCCGGAAACAGCCAAUCUGGGUCCUCUGAGACGAAGACUACGACGACCACUACUAAGUCUGGCUCAUCAGUUGAACCUGCCGUAAAAGUCGUUUCCGGAAACAGCCAAUCUGGAUCCUCUGAGACGAAGACUACGACGACCACUGUCACUAAGAAAACUGGCCCAUCAGUUGAACCUGCCGUGAAAGUCGUUUCCGGAAACAGCCAAUCUGGGUCCUCUGAGACGAAGACUACGACGACCACUACUAAGUCUGGCUCAUCAGCGAAGCCAGCCGUGAAACUCGUUACCGGAAACAGUCAGUCUGGGUCCUCUGAGACGAAGACUACGACAACCACUGUCACUAAGAAAACUGGCCCAUCAGUUGAACCUGCCGUGAAAGUCGUUUCCGGAAACAGCCAAUCCGGGUCCUCGGAGACGAAGACUACGACGACCACUACUAAGUCUGGCUCUUCAGCGAAGCCUGCCGUGAAAGAGACUUCUGAAAAAACCCAAUCUGGAUCCUCGUCAACGACUACCACAGCCACUGUCACUAAGAAAACUGGCUCAUCAGUUGAACCUACCGUGAAAGUCGUUUCCGGAAACAGCCAAUCUGGGUCCUCUGAGACGAAGACUACGACGACCACUACUAAGUCUGGCUCAUCAGUUGAACCUGCCGUGAAAGUCGUUUCCGGAAACAGCCAAUCUGGGUCCUCUGAGACGAAGACUACGACGACCACUACUAAGUCUGGCUCAUCAGUUGAACCUGCCGUAAAAGUCGUUUCCGGAAACAACCAGACUGGAUCCUCGUCAACGACUACCACAACCACUGUCACUAAGAAAACUGGCCCAUCAGUUGAACCUGCCGUGAAAGUCGUUUCCGGAAACAGCCAAUCUGGGUCCUCUGAGACGAAGACUACGACGACCACUACUAAGUCUGGCUCAUCAGUUGAACCUGCCGUGAAAGUCGUUUCCGGAAACAGCCAAUCCGGGUCCUCGGAGACGAAGACUACGACGACCACUGUCACUAAGAAAACUGGCCCAUCAGUUGCACCUACCGUGAAAGUCGUUUCCGGAAACAGCCAAUCUGGAUCCUCCGAGACGAAGACUACGACGACCACUACUAAGUCUGGCUCUUCAGCGAAGCCUGCCGUGAAAGAGACUUCUGGAAACAGCCAAUCUGGGUCCUCUGAGACGAAGACUACGACGACCACUACUAAGUCUGACUCUUCAGCGAAACCUGCCGUGAAAGUCGUUACCGGAAACAGUAAGUCUGUGUCCUCUGAGACGAAGACUACGACGACCACUGUCUUUAAGAAAACUGGCCCAUCAGUUGAACCUACCGUGAAAGUCGUUUCCGGAAACAGCCAAUCUGGAUCCUCUGAGACGAAGACUACGACGACCACUACUAAGUCUGGCUCUUCAGCGAAGCCUGCCGUGAAAGAGACUUCUGGAAACAGCCAAUCUGGGUCCUCUGAGACGAAGACUACGACGACCACUACUAAGUCUGGCUCAUCAGCGAAGCCUGCCGUGAAAGAGACUUCUGGAAAAACCCAAUCUGGAUCCUCGACAACGACAACCACCACCACUGUCACUAAGAAAACUGGCCCAUCAGUUGAACCUGCCGUGAAAGUCGUUUCCGGAAACAGCCAAUCUGGGUUCUCUGAGACGAAGACUACGACGACCACUACUAAGUCUGGCUCAUCAGCGAAGCCUGCCGUGAAAGAGAAUUCUGGAAACAGCCAAUCUGGAUCCUCUGAGACGAAGACUACGACGACCACUACUAAGUCUGGCUCUUCAGCGAAGCCUGCCGUGAAAAAGACUUCUGGAAACAGCCAAUCUGGAUUCUCAGAGACCAAAACCACCACUACUACUACUAAGUCUGGCUCAUCAGCGAAGCCUGCCGUAAAUGUCGUUUCCGGAAACAGCCAAUCUGGAUCCUCUGAGACGAAGACUACGACGACCACUACUAAGUCUGGCUCUUCAGCGAAGCCUGCCGUGAAAGAGACUUCUGGAAACAGCCAAUCUGGGUCCUCUGAGACGAAGACUACGACGACCACUACUAAGUCUGACUCUUCAGCGAAACCUGCCGUGAAAGUCGUUACCGGAAACAGUCAGUCUGUGUCCUCUGAGACGAAGACUACGACGACCACUGUCUUUAAGAAAACUGGCCCAUCAGUUGAACCUACCGUGAAAGUCGUUUCCGGAAACAGCCAAUCUGGAUCCUCUGAGACGAAGACUACGACGACCACUACUAAGUCUGGCUCUUCAGCGAAGCCUGCCGUGAAAGAGACUUCUGGAAACAGCCAAUCUGGGUCCUCUGAGACGAAGACUACGACGACCACUACUAAGUCUGGCUCAUCAGCGAAGCCUGCCGUGAAAGAGACUUCUGGAAAAACCCAAUCUGGAUCCUCGACAACGACAACCACCACCACUGUCACUAAGAAAACUGGCCCAUCAGUUGAACCUGCCGUGAAAGUCGUUUCCGGAAACAGCCAAUCUGGGUUCUCUGAGACGAAGACUACGACGACCACUACUAAGUCUGGCUCAUCAGCGAAGCCUGCCGUGAAAGAGACUUCUGGAAAAACCCAAUCUGGAUCCUCGACAACGACAACCACCACCACUGUCACUAAGAAAACUGGCCCAUCAGUUGAACCUGCCGUGAAAGUCGUUUCCGGAAACAGCCAAUCUGGGUUCUCUGAGACGAAGACUACGACGACCACUACUAAGUCUGGCUCUUCAGCGAAGCCUGCCGUGAAAGAGACUUCUGGAAACAGCCAAUCUGGAUCCUCGACAACGACUACCACAACCACUGCCACUAAGAAAACUGGCUCAUCAGUUGAACCUACCGUGAAAGUCGUUUCCGGAAACAGCCAAUCUGGGUUCUCUGAGACGAAGACUACGACGACCACUACUAAGUCUGGCUCAUCAGCGAAGCCUGCCGUAAAUGUCGUUUCCGGAAACAGCCAAUCUGGAUCCUCUGAGACGAAGACUACGACGACCACUACUAAGUCUGGCUCAUCAGCGAAGCCAGCCGUGAAUGUCGUUUCCGGAAACAGCCAAUCUGGAUCCUCUGAGACGAAGACUACGACGACCACUACUAAGUCUGGCUCAUCAGCGAAGCCUGCCGUAAAAGAGACUUCUGGAAACAGCCAAUCUGGAUCCUCGACAACGACUACCACAACCACUGCCACUAAGAAAACUGGCUCAUCAGUUGAACCUACCGUGAAAGUCGUUUCCGGAAACAGCCAAUCUGGGUUCUCUGAGACGAAGACUACGACGACCACUACUAAGUCUGGCUCAUCAGCGAAGCCUGCCGUGAAAGAGAAUUCUGGAAACAGCCAAUCUGGAUCCUCUGAGACGAAGACUACGACGACCACUACUAAGUCUGGCUCUUCAGCGAAGCCUGCCGUGAAAAAGACUUCUGGAAACAGCCAAUCUGGAUUCUCAGAGACCAAAACCACCACUACUACUACUAAGUCUGGCUCAUCAGCGAAGCCUGCCGUAAAUGUCGUUUCCGGAAACAGCCAAUCUGGAUCCUCUGAGACGAAGACUACGACGACCACUACUAAGUCUGGCUCAUCAGCGAAGGCUGCCGUGAAAGAGAAUUCUGGAAACAGCCAAUCUGGAUCCUCUGAGACGAAGACUACGACGACCACUACUAAGUCUGGCUCAUCAGCGAAGGCUGCCGUGAAAGAGAAUUCUGGAAACAGCCAAUCUGGAUCCUCUGAGACGAAGACUACGACGACCACUACUAAGUCUGGCUCUUCAGCGAAGCCUGCCGUGAAAAAGACUUCUGGAAACAGCCAAUCUGGAUUCUCAGAGACCAAAACCACCACUACUACUACUAAGUCUGGCUCAUCAGCGAAGCCUGCCGUAAAUGUCGUUUCCGGAAACAGCCAAUCUGGAUCCUCUGAGACGAAGACUACGACGACCACUACUAAGUCUGGCUCAUCAGCGAAGGCUGCCGUGAAAGAGAAUUCUGGAAACAGCCAAUCUGGAUCCUCUGAGACGAAGACUACGACGACCACUACUAAGUCUGACUCUUCAGCGAAGCCUGCCGUGAAAGUCGCUACCGGAAACAGUCAGCCUGGGUCCUCUGAGACGAAGACUACGACGACCACUACUAAGUCUGACUCUUCAGCGAAGCCUGCCGUGAAAGUCGCUACCGGAAACAGUCAGCCUGGGUCCUCUGAGACGAAGACUACGACGACCACUACUAAGUCUGGCUCUUCAGCGAAGCCUGCCGUAAAUGUCGUUUCCGGAAACAGCCAAUCUGGAUCCUCUGAGACGAAGACUACGACGACCACUACUAAGUCUGGCUCAUCAGCGAAGCCUGCCGUGAAAGAGAAUUCUGGAAACAGCCAAUCUGGAUCCUCUGAGACGAAGACUACGACGACCACUACUAAGUCUGGCUCUUCAGCGAAGCCUGCCGUGAAAGAGACUUCUGGAAACAGCCAAUCUGGAUUCUCAGAGACCAAAACCACCACUACUACUACUAAGUCUGGCUCAUCAGCGAAGCCUGCCGCAAAUGUCGUUUCCGGAAACAGCCAAUCUGGAUCCUCUGAGACGAAGACUACGACGACCACUACUAAGUCUGACUCUUCAACGAAGCCUGCCGUGAAAGUCGCUACCGGAAACAGUCAGUCUGGGUCCUCUGAGACGAAGACUACGACGACCACUACUAAGUCUGGCUCAUCAGCGAAGCCUGCCGUGAAAGAGACUUCUGGAAACAGCCAAUCUGGAUUCUCUGAGACAAAAACCACCACUACUACUACUAAGUCUGGCUCUUCAGCGAAGCCUGCCGUAAAUGUCGUUACCGGAAACAGUCAGUCUGGGUCCUCUGAGACGAAGACUACGACGACCACUGUCACUAAGAAAACUGGCCCAUCAGUUGAACCUGCCGUGAAAGUCGUUUCCGGAAACAGCCAAUCUGGAUCCUCUGAGACGAAGACUACGACGACCACUACUAAGUCUGGCUCUUCAGCGAAGCCUGCCGUGAAAGAGACUUCUGGAAACAGCCAAUCUGGAUCCUCGACAACGACUACCACAACCACUGUCACUAAGAAAACUGGCCCAUCAGUUGAACCUGCCGUGAAAGUCGUUUCCGGAAACAGCCAAUCUGGAUCCUCUGAGACGAAGACUACGACGACCACUGUCACUAAGAAAACUGGCCCAUCAGUUGAACCUGCCGUGAAAGUCGUUUCCGGAAACAGUCAGUCUGGGUCCUCUGAGACGAAGACUACGACGACCACUACUAAGUCUGGCUCUUCAGCGAAGGCUGCCGUGAAAGAGACUUCUGGAAGCAGCCAAUCUGGGUCCUCUGAGACGAAGACUACGACGACCACUACUAAGUCUAACUCUUCAGCGAAACCUGCCGUGAAAGAGACUUCUGGAAACAGCCAAUCUGGAUCAUCGACAACGACUACCACAACCACUGUCACUAAGAAAACUGGCCCAUCAGUUGAACCUGCCGUGAAAGUCGUUUCCGGAAACAGUCAGUCUGGGUCCUCUGAGACGAAGACUACGACGACCACUACUAAGUCUGGCUCUUCAGCGAAGGCUGCCGUGAAAGAGACUUCUGGAAGCAGCCAAUCUGGGUCCUCUGAGACGAAGACUACGACGACCACUACUAAGUCUGACUCUUCAGCGAAACCUGCCGUGAAAGUCGUUACCGGAAACAGUCAGUCUGGGUCCUCUGAGACGAAGACUACGACGACCACUGUCACUAAGAAAACUGGCCCAUCAGUUGAACCUGCCGUGAAAGUCGUUUCCGGAAACAGCCAAUCUGGAUUCUCGGAGACGAAGACUACGACGACCACUGUCACUAAGAAAACUGGCCCAUCAGUUGUGCCUGCCGUGAAAGUCGUUUCCGGAAACAGUCAAUCUGGGUCCUCUGAGACGAAGACUACGACGACCACUACUAAGUCUGGCUCUUCACCGAAGCCUGCCGUGAAAGAGACUUCUGGAAACAGCCAAUCUGGAUCCUCUGAGACGAAGACUACGACGACCACUACUAAGUCUGGCUCUUCAGCGAAGGCUGCCGUGAAAGAGACUUCUGGAAACAGCCAAUCUGGAUCCUCUGAGACGAAGACUACGACGACCACUACUAAGUCUGACUCUUCAGCGAAGCCUGCCGUGAAAGUCGAUACCGGAAACAGUCAGUCUGGGUCCUCUGAGACGAAGACUACGACGACCACUGUCACUAAGAAAACUGGCCCAUCAGUUGAACCUGCCGUGAAAGUCGUUUCCGGAAACAGCCAAUCUGGAUCCUCGGAGACGAAGACUACGACGACCACUGUCACUAAGAAAACUGGCCCAUCAGUUGAGCCUGCCGUGAAAGUCGUUUCCGGAAACAGUCAAUCUGGGUCCUCUGAGACGAAGACUACGACGACCACUACUAAGUCUGGCUCUUCACCGAAGCCUGCCGUGAAAGAGGCUUCUGGAAACAGCCAAUCUGGAUCCUCUGAGACGAAGACUACGACGACCACUACUAAGUCUGGCUCUUCAGCGAAGGCUGCCGUGAAAGAGACUUCUGGAAACAGCCAAUCUGGAUCCUCUCAGACGAAGACUACGACGACCACUACUAAGUCUGGCUCUUCAGCGAAGCCUGCCGUGAAAGUCGUUACCGGAAACAGUCAGUCUGGGUCCUCUGAGACGAAGACUACGACGACCACUGUCACUAAGAAAACUGGCCCAUCAGUUGAACCUGCCGUGAAAGUCGUUUCCGGAAACAGUCAGUCUGGGUCCUCUGAGACGAAGACUACGACGACCACUGUCACUAAGAAAACUGGCCCAUCAGUUGAACCUGCCGUGAAAGUCGUUUCCGGAAACAGCCAAUCUGGAUCCUCGGAGACGAAGACUACGACGACCACUGUCACUAAGAAAACUGGCCCAUCAGUUGAGCCUGCCGUGAAAGUCGUUUCCGGAAACAGUCAAUCUGGGUCCUCUGAGACGAAGACUACGACGACCACUACUAAGUCUGGCUCUUCACCGAAGCCUGCCGUGAAAGAGGCUUCUGGAAACAGCCAAUCUGGAUCCUCUGAGACGAAGACUACGACGACCACUACUAAGUCUGGCUCUUCAGCGAAGGCUGCCGUGAAAGAGACUUCUGGAAACAGCCAAUCUGGAUCCUCUGAGACGAAGACUACGACGACCACUACUAAGUCUGGCUCUUCAGCGAAGCCUGCCGUGAAAGUCGUUACCGGAAACAGUCAGUCUGGGUCCUCUGAGACGAAGACUACGACGACCACUGUCACUAAGAAAACUGGCCCAUCAGUUGAACCUGCCGUGAAAGUCGUUUCCGGAAACAGCCAAUCUGGAUCCUCGGAGACGAAGACUACGACGACCACUGUCACUAAGAAAACUGGCCCAUCAGUUGAGCCUGCCGUGAAAGUCGCUACCGGAAACAGUCAGUCUGGGUCCUCUGAGACGAAGACUACGACGACCACUACUAAGUCUGGCUCUUCAGCGAAGGCUGCCGUGAAAGAGACUUCUGGAAACAGCCAAUCUGGAUCCUCUGAGACGAAGACUACCACGACCACUACUAAGUCUGGCUCUUCUGCGAAGCCUGCCGUGAAAGUGAUAUCUGGAAACAGCCAAUCUGGAUCCUCUUCAACAACAACUACUACGACUACUAAAAAAACUGUCACAUUAGUUGAUCCCGUCGUGAAAGUAAUUUUAGGAGAGACUACCUCCGGAAACAUUAAGUCUGGCUCCCUUUCAACGUCGAAAACAACAACAACUAAGAAAACUACCGCAUCAGUCGAGCCCGUUGUAACGGUAAUUUCCAGAGACACCAAUAUCGAAAAUAGUCAAUCUGGAUCUACUACAAAAGUUAAUGAUGACGCCCGAAGUAAGACAGAUGUGUUUGGGUCUAGUUUAAUAGAUACCCAGCCUGUUUUGCCAGGACUUAUUGGUAAAGUUAUUGAAAGGGGUCAAAGAUCCGUUGAAUCAGGAAGAGCUCAUAUUAAAGCUGGAAAGUUCGCGGUUCGAGGUGGCGCACGUUACGGUAUAGGACAAUAUCCCUACUGGUGGGGAACACAGGAUCAAUGGAUAGGAGCCAGACCGGCAUGGGGUUAUUAUGGAAAUGGAUGGGGCGCCAAUGUUUGGAAUGGUCAAUAUGUUAACUAAUAUUUUUGGUCCUUUUUAAAUCAAAUGUUGACAGCUCUGUUAUUCUAAACUUAUCAAAUAUAUAUACAUAUGUGCAAAUCAA